GACAUAGAUGGCAUAUGGCGUUGGCAGCUUAGAACUGUCAAACUUUAUUUAAAUUUAACACUAACAAACAGCAUGGCUUCUGCACUAAUCCUACAGUUAAAAUGUAAUAGAUCUCAGGUUUGAUUUGUUUUGCCUUCUUGCCUAUUUCAAGAAAUGCGUUUACACGUUAAACGAAAAAUAUCUAAAAUCACGCACCUCGUUUUUCACCGAAGAUGCUUGUUAUUAGUAUUGUUCGUCUCCACUUUUUCGAUGAUUUCUGUGUUCUACCUCGUACAAUGGAAUAUAAUAUGCUUAAAUAUCGACAUAGAGGCUCGCUUGAAUACCUUGUGUAUGGAAUACAAUGAGGGAAAGGCCUUUGGCAGUUUAUGUGAACCUCUAUGCAACAAUGGGGAGAUCUCUGCUUUGUCCUGUGAACCUAUGCACAAAGGGAAGUUUGCUGUGUUCACUGCGCUAUGGAAUAACUCGCUUGUUGUAAUCAAGUCUCACAGAGUAAAAUCUGAGUACAUUCCCCUGCAAUGGAUAGCCUCAAAUUCCAGUGAAGUAUUUCCAAACUAUCAGGAACUUGUUGAAAUGGUUACUCAAUCAAUGCUGGCUAACUUUGGAGUGCAAAAGGAAAACCUUAUGAACCGUCUUUAUCCUUUUCUUGUUGACUACCAUAAUGAUGUCAGUAGAGAACUUAUGAUCAACUUGUGGCAGCUAUCACAGGACAAUGAAUAUGUCACUCUUAUGAUUAAUCAACAUUCGCAUUUAUUCCCGAAAAUUCUUUCAAGCUGUGGUACUUUUUAUGCGGUUGAAUACGCGAAACCGAUUUCUAGGUUAAAUAUUUAUUCAGACCGGCUACAAGAUUUUGUUUCCAGAGUUCGACAAGCAAAAUUGAUGCUUGAGCUUCUUGACGAACUCCAGACGUCUUUUGUCGAUCCCAUUCACAUCUGUGACGUAAAGUUGGAGCACUUUGGUCUCCUCAAUGGACGCCUAGUGCUCUUAGAUGCCGAUACCGUCUUUCCUAAGGCGGUAGUAGACCGGUCCGUAGCGGAUGGUCGUAAAUGCUGGAAACAUUCCGACUGCGAUCUUUUUGACUGCCGCUCGCUGUGUAACAAAGUCUUAAAUAUUUGCGAUACCCCUACUGUAAAUAACAAUUUGCAAACAGUUUGUCAAAAAAUUUUUCUAGAUUCCGGUCUCCUUAUCUCCCGUUAUCUCCCACUACCUACGAGUCGGCUACUGAGAGAUUGUGCUAAUCCCAAUUUUUCUCAGGGAAGGCAAAUUGCUCCCGUCCAAUUCCAUUACCAACUGGCAAAUUUUCUAAACGAGUUCCUUAAUAUGAUGGCUCUUCCCCAAAACCCAGAUGAAUAGAUCCAUCAUUUAGUCACUGUGUAUAAUUGUAAGGCUAUUUUAAUGUGACGUUGAUUUGCAAUCUUAUUUAAACCAACGAA